CCCUCCCCCAUCUUUCUCUGUCUGACCGCCCUGUUUACCCUCUAUGAUGGAGGGGUGAUGUUUUAGUUCGUCGGUCUUUUAAAGGUCUCGCGAUGAAUACCCCAGGAGGUUUCUCGUUUCCUCCUCCCCCGCCGCCGCCUCCGACCUCCCAGCAACCACAGCAAGGUCAGCAAUCCUACGGCCAGACCGGGGGGUAUUCCGCUCAGUAUGGAUCCAACUACAAUAAUGGUCAACGGGGUGGGCGUGGUGGUGGUGGACACAGAGGUCGUGGCAGAGGAUAUGGCAAUCGAGGAGGCCGCGGUGGGCAUUACAUGUCUCAGGCAGCAGCUCCGCCAUCGACCGGUUAUGCGCCGAUGAACUAUGCCGGUUAUCAGCCGCAGUCGAUGGGAUCUCCUUCACCCGGUAUGCCGACUCCGCAGUACAACGCCGCGACGCCGACACCCAGUUUCCAAAACGCUCGCAACCCGGCCAUCCCAUCUCCACAGCCCUACGCGCAGGCCCCUGCGGCCCACGCGGGACAGUAUUCGGCCCAGCCGGGCUAUGGGGCAGCGUAUACCUCGCCCAAUACACAGCCAGCAACUCCCUAUCACGCCAUGGCAACGAACCACCAUGCGGCCCCGGCGAUGCAAUCGCCGAUGAUGGGCCCACCCAUGCGCUGGGGGUUUGAACACCCGGCCCCAUUGCCGGGAGGCUUCCCCGGGAAUCAACGGGGGAACCACCGUGGAAACCAGCGAGGUCCACGGCAGGCAAAUGCCCACCCUCACCAUGCGGCAGCGGGCGGUAGACCAACGCACCAGCCCAACAAACGAGACCACAAUUCGGCCUUUGGGAAACCCCCGUCGGCAAAGCCCCGGAUCCCCGCCCCUCCCCCGGUUCCAAGCUUCGGAAGUCCUCUGCCUUCCAAGCCACCGCCCCCCGCAGACGCGACGCGGAAACCCAAGAAGAAGAAGAGAAAGCAUAACCAGCUAGGGUUGACCCCCAAGACGGAAGAGCACGAAUCUAGUGACGAGGAGGAUGACGCGGACGAGGAAUCGCGGCUUGCCUCGGGGGCCAGCGACGGGCCCGCCACGUUGCAGAUCAGUUACCGAGGACGGACGUCCACAUUGCAGAGCGCCGCAGACAUCGCGGCCUGGAUCGCAGAGCGGAAGAAAAAGUUCCCCACGCAGGCAAGAGUCGCCGAAAAGCAAAAGGUCAUGGACGAGGCAAAGAAAGCUCGUGAAGAAGUGCAACGACAGAACCAAGCACGAAAGCAGGAGGCGAGACAGCAGCAGAAGGACGCGCGUGCCCAGAAGACGCAUGAAAAGCAAAGCCGCGAGGAACCGGCAACCCCAGCUGGCGAUCCCAUCGAUGCAGCGGAGAAGGCCAAACAGAAGGCCGAUAAACUGCGGCGGAAGCUCAUGAAGGAGCAGAAACGGGUGGAGAAAGCGGAAGCAGACGCCGAACGGGCUCGGCUGCGCGUCGAGCAGUUGCAAAAGGGGGUCGCAAGCGGCCUCGAGAUGCGGGAAGAUGCAACCCAGCCGGGUGCUGGGACUAGAUUGGAUACGGACCGAGCCCCUCCCUCCGACGACAAUCCGGAGUCUACAAUCGGCGUGGGCACAGGGUCUCUUCCCCAGAGCGCAACCAGCAGUGGUGUAACCCCAGGGGUCCCCGACGAUGCGGAGUCCGUCAUAUCCUCCGACAGUUCCGACAGCGACGAUUGGACCUCCUCCAGUGGCUCCGAAGAGUCUUCCUCGGACUCGGAGGACAGCGAUGGUGAUUCCGCACCCGAACAAGCAACCUCACGCCGCGAGGGACCCGAGCGCGUACCUCCCCCGCCCCGUGAAGCCAAAAAGGCAGUAUGUCACAAUUUCGCACGCAGGGGGCACUGUAUACGCGGAAACAAGUGCAAAUAUUUACACGAGACGCCCGAACGCGGGGCGAAGCCAAAGCAACAGCCUGUCCCGGAGAAGCAAGGCCGGAAGGGACUGUUGCAGGCGCUUUUGGACCGUCAGAAAGGAGACGACGACCGGAAAGUCAUGGAGGCGAUCAUGUGGCUGGGAGAGAACGGCAAGCUGGACGCGCCGGAGGAGAAACAAGCAUCUCAGCCGGCUGUUGUUGACAAUAUCACUACCACCAACAGUAACGAUCCAGACCCUGGGGUUGGGCAGGUGGCUGAUGAACCUGGCCCUGAAACCGUCCCCAGUGCCAGUUCGGACACCCCCGCAGCUACUACCGUCUAGCUGGGUUUGGCGUAGAUAGAUAGUUUAUGCCUACAAAUAAUUACGUCGAUAUGAUUACG